AUUUCCCUAACCAGAAAGCGGCGAAGCUGAGAGAAUGAAGGUAGCUCCCAAAGUGAUAUUGCUCUUCAACGAUUCGCACGGCUCCGGUGCCGCCAUCUUCAGCGCUCUCAGGCCACGCCCUAACUCCGACCUUCAACAUCGCGAAGAACCAUUUCAACUGUCACUGGAAAAGUACGGAAUCCACGAUCUUAAUGCUUCUGGAAAGAUCCUCCAUUUCGAAUCUCCCACCGGUGUUUAUGUGGUCUCUGUGUUGCUUUUAGAAAGUUACGAGCCUCCAAUAUUAGCUUGUGCUGUUAGUGAAACUUUGGCUGCACUGGCAUCUGGUGAAUCAUCAUCUGUGCCUACAAUUGUAGUCCCAUUUGUUGUUCCUGGAACUAAGCUGAGGGCAGAGAGUAAAUUUUCUGCCACUACGGACAACACUCAAAUAUAUGGGUUGCAGUUUGGGCCGUCUAACGAUGAGACUCGGGCGUUGAGCUUGAAAUUUCCAAAUCCACCGCCGUCUUUACAGAUUUUUCAUGAGCAAUUGGCGUGCUUUCUCCAAUUUGUCCGCGUAUUGAUGUUGCCUACAAUAGUGUUGAUUGGGAAAACUGGUCAGGGUACACACAGCCUAACAUCAGAUGAACAACUUCAGGCUAUAUAUCAGAUUGGGGAGCAUCUGGCCAGCUUCUCGCCACUUUGUUUAUCGAGUGAGAGGAUCACAUUGGAGUUUUCGGUGAAGGUUAGUAGGGAGAAUGAAGAGCCUUGGCGUGCCCUGUAUGGUUGAAUUUUGAAAAUUGUUUUGUUUCAGGCUUUUAUUGACCAUGUUAAACUUGUUUGAAUUUACAUAGUAAAAGUAUCUGUUGAUAUGUAAACAAUGUUGUUUAAAUAUAUAAACAUAAAAUAUUGUCUCCUAG